AUGGCUGAUAACAGCACAACAACCGAGGAGGCAACGCAGGGGUUCACCUUCUACCACUAUGAACCGUCCAUGGUGGCUGCUGUUAUUUUCAUUGGAGUGUUUGGAAUCUCCGCCCUGCUGCACAUCUGGCAGUUGACUAGAGCCCGAACAUGGUACUUUAUUCCAUUUGUGAUCGGUUGCUUCUUUGAGGCUGUUGGUUACGUCGGCCGAGCCAUGUCCGCGAAAGAAGCCCCAGACUACACCAAGAACCCUUACAUCAUCCAAUCAAUCCUGCUCCUUCUUGGCCCUGCACUAUUCGCCGCUUCAAUCUACAUGAUUCUCGGCCGUCUCAUCAACCUGCUUGAUGCUGGGAAUUACUCUUUGAUCAGGCCAAAGUGGCUGACCAAGGUGUUUGUCCUGGGCGAUGUGCUAUCUUUCUUCGCCCAAAGUGGAGGUGGUGGUAUGCUUGCGACUGCCAAGGACAGAGAUUCCGUCAAGAAGGGAGAGAACAUCAUUGUUGGUGGUCUCGGUAUCCAGGUCCUCUUCUUCGGCUUCUUCAUGAUUGUCACUCUCGUUUUCCACUUGCGCCUCUCUCGCAACCCAACCCCAAAGACCCACACUAUCGACACGCCAUGGAAGGGACUUCUCUGGGUGUUGUAUGCUACGAGUUUGCUCAUCAUGGUCAGAUCCGUGUUUCGAGUCGCCGAGUAUGUGGAGGGCAAAGAGGGAGAGCUGCAGUCGAAGGAGAUGUACAUUUACAUCUUUGACGCGUUGCUGAUGGGCAUUACGGCGAUGUUGUUCAACUGGUUCCACCCAAGCCGUGUGAUCAACAACCGCCAGCCUGGUUUAAAAUCGGUUUCGAGCUCCGAAGUGCUCUCUGAGGGUUACCUCAUGGAGAGCGGGCAGUAUCAACAGGCACACUACCCCCAGGGACAAUACCCUCAGGGACAAUACCCUCAGGGACAAUACCCACCAAGCCCCAACUACCAAUACCAGGGCGCUGGUGGACAUGGGGACUUUCGGAGGUGA